AUGGCCAGGUGGCAACCAGUUGGUGAUCUUGGCUUUUUACUAGCCAUAUGGCUCGACCAAAUACCUGAAAGAACCAUAGUCUGGUCAGCUAAUAGAAAUGAUCCAGUUCGAAGGGGGUCAAGAGUACAACUUGCCACAGAUGGUCAGUUGGUCCUAGAUGACCAAGCAGGCACACAAAUAUGGGGCACCUUUAAUUCUGGUGGAAGUGGAGCUGCCUAUGCAGCCAUGCUCGACACAGGAAACUUUGCGCUAGCAAGCCAAUCUGCUGCCAAUCUGUGGCAGAGUUUUGAUCAACCAACAGAUACAAUGCUGCCCACACAGACUCUGAGUCGAGGCAAUGUGUACCCAAAGAUUGCUGCUUCAAGUAGAAGAAAUUGGGAUAUGGCCUGGACAACUUUGUCUCCCUCCAUAACAUCAAAUAUCUGCCUGAGUACUAGGGGAGCCGUAGGUGGUGAAGCUUGUGGUUACAACAGCUAUUGCAGUUUAGGAGAUGACCAAAGACCAAGUUGCUACUGUCCUCAUGGUUACACUUUGUUGGUCUCAAAUGACGUGAGGAAGGGAUAUUGGCCUGGCAGUAAUUAUAAACAUUUUGAUUCAGUACACAAAGAUAGGUGCAGACAGGCUUGCUUGAGUGACUGCUACUGUGUUGUUGCCAUUUUCAAUGAUUGUUAUUGUUGGAUGAAGAAUAUCCCUCUCUCGAAUGGGAGAAUAGAUCCAAGCGAUGGUGCAAAAGCCCUGAUAAAGGUAAGGAUAGGCAACUCUACUACAGGUCCAAGCUCAAAGAAGAAUGAUCGAUCCACUUUGAUCAUAACAGGCUCCGCACUUUUAGCUACUGGAGGAUUUAAGGAAGAACUUGGAAGUGGUUCUAUUGGAACGGUUUAUAAAGGGGUUCUAGCCAAUGAAGAUACACCUCUCAUUGCAGUAAAGUUAGAAAAGAUGGUCGGACAAGGCGAGCAGGAAUUCAAAACAGAAGUGAAAGUUAUUGGCAGAACAAAUCAUAAAACUUGGGUCUAG